AUGGCUGCAUUAUCUGCUUCUUUCUCUUCACCACCUGCAAUUCUCAAGAAACCCGAACCUUUCCACAAGGCCCGGACCUCAAUUUAUCCUCCGUACGGCCCGUUACCCACACUCCGAUCCUCACAAACUUCAAGAAGAUCUCUUUAUCUCUACUCACCGGAAGCCGAGGUUCGGCCUAAAACCGCCAAAUCAUGGGAACUCUCCGCUAAAAAUGGAGUCUUUUUGCUUUCAGAAACGAGCCCAGCUGAGAUUCCUGGAGAAAUUGUUACCACAAGAGACGACGGCGUUUCAACAGUCAUAUCAGCCCUUCUAUUUGUUGCCUUUGUCGGUUUAUCCAUUCUCACCAUAGGGGUUAUCUACAUAGCUGUGGCUGACUUCUUGCAGAAAAGGGAGAGCGAAAAAUUUGAGAAAGAAGAGGCAUCCAAGAAGAAGAGAGGUGGGAAAAAGGGGAAAGUGAGAGCUCGGGCUCGAGCCGGGCCAAGAGGGUUCGGUUGGAAAAUCGAGCAAGAUGGUUAUGUGGAUGAGGCAGACUGA